UUCAUCCGCAAUAAUUGACUCCUUCUACUGGAGCAGGAUCUGGUUGUUUUCCCCAUUCGGGCGACUCAGGCAGGAUCUCUCCAUUUUGCCUUUCAUCCUCUCUCUCCCCCUCUCUCUUGAUCUACUGGAGCAGGUGUUGGUUUGAUUUGAUCGCCGGCCGCGAUGAAGAAGAUCGUGCUGAAGCUGGACAUCCACUACCGCAAACAGCGGAACAGGGCGCUCAGAGCACUCUCCACUGUCCAUGGUAUCGAUCAGAUGGCUGUGGAUAUGAGGGAUGAGAAGAUCACGGUUGUCGGCACCGUCGACCCCGUUGCCGUCGUGCGCGUGCUGCGGAAGUUGUUUCCAACCGCACAGUUAGUCUCCGUCGGGCCUUGGCCCGCCAAGGAGGAGAAGAAGAAAGACGGCGACAAGAAGGCCGAAAGCGGUCCGCCGCCGCCGCACGAGUUUACAGUCGGGUUCUUGAACCGUAUCACAAACGGUUUCUCCGGGGAGCUCAUUAUUGGUCGUGGUCGGCACGGAGUAGUUUACAAGGGAAUGCAGGACAAUGGGGAAUGGAUUGCUGUGAAGAAGCUUCAUCUCAUGCCAGGACUUGAUGACGAGGAAUUUAAAAAUGAGUUUAAUAAUCUUAUGAGGGUCCGACAUCAAAAUACCAUAUGGUUAGUUGGCUACUGCUGCCAUACAACAGAAGUGCCUGUUGAGCACAACGGAGAACAUGUUUCUGCUAGGGUGGAAGAAAGAGCUUUAUGCUCCGAAUACUUGCACGGAGGAAGUCUUGACAAGCAUCUUUCUAAUGAACCAUGUGCGCUUGUUUGGCACACAUGUUACAAAAUAAUUAAGGGGAUAUGUCAGGGUUUACGUUACCUCCAUGAAGGAUUUGAGUAUCCUAUUUACCAUCUGGAACUAAAACCUACAAAAAUUUUGCUGGAUAAGGACAUGAUGCCCAAAAUUGGGGGUUUUGGUUUCUCUAAACUCUUUGAUUCAAUAAAAACCUUUGACUCAUCAGAAGUUACGGGUACAAGUGUAUACAUGCCACCAGAGUACAUCAGUCAAGGGAAAAUCUCACCAAAGUUUGAUGUAUUCAGUGUGGGCGUUAUAAUCUUGCAAAUAAUGGUAGGAAAGCAAAGCUACACCAAAUGUGCAGAUAUUCCUCCCGAAGAAUUUAUUGAGCAUGUAUAUGAAUUGUGGGUAAGUAGGAUGCAUGCCAUAAUAUCAAAGAAUACUUCGCGUGAAAUUAGAACAUGCAUCAAAAUUGCUCUAAAAUGUGUGGAGUCCGAUCGAGUGAAGAGGCCUACUAUAAAUAAGGUCAUAGAAGAGCUGAAUAAGAUUGUUGAGUGCUCAUUUGAGUCCUUAGAACAUAUUACAGAUAAUUUUUCUGAGCAAAACAUAGUUGGCCGUGGUGGAUAUGGAACUAUUUACAAGGGAGUGCAGGACAAUGGAGAAGAGGUUGCUGUUAAGAGACUUCAUUCAAAUUCAAUGCCAUGGAUUGAGGAUGAGCAGUUUAAGAACGAGCUUGAUAAUCUAAUGAGGGUCCAACACAAAAAUAUCGUAAGGUUGGUUGGCUACUGCUAUCAUAAAUCACAGAUACUUGUUGAGUACAACGGAGAACUUGUAUAUGCUACUAUGGUCAAAAGAGCCAUUUGUUUGGAAUACAUGCAGGGUGGAAGCCUUGAAUAUCAACUUUCAGAUGAACCCUGCAGACUUGAUUGGGAAAAAUGUUACAACAUAAUAAAAGGAACUAUUGACGGUUUACAUUGCCUUCAUAAUACUCACAUUUUCCAUCUGGACUUAAAACCGGCAAAUAUUUUGUUGGACAAAGAUAUGGUGGCAAAAAUUGGUGAUUUUGGUUUGUCAAGACUCUUUGGUUCAAUGCAAACCUAUAUGACGGCAUCCCAUAUUAAAGGAACAUUUGGAUACAUGCCACCAGAAUACAUCGACGGACAAGUUAUCAGUCAAAAGUUUGAUGUAUUUAGUCUUGGGGUCAUAAUGAUACAAAUAAUGGCAGGAAAGGAGGGCUACUCCAAUUAUCCACGCACCCCUCGGAAAGAAUUUAUUAAGCAUGUUUGUGAAAAAUGGCGAGUGAGGCUGCAGGCAACAAUGUGGGCCCAUGUAUUUGAAGAAGUGAGGACAUGCAUCGAAAUAGCGUUAAAAUGUGUGGAGGCUGACCGAAAACGAAGGCCUACAAUAGCCCAGAUUGUUAAUGAACUAAGUAACAUUGGUGUUGCAAAAAGUUCACCAAUAGGUCAGGACUUUGGGAGCUACUAUAUCCAGCCCGCAGCAGGCUCGCUAUACCAAAUCCCUGUGGCAUUUGUGCUGCAGCAGACGCCAUGAACGCAGCACAGCGAAGAAGGACGCCAUGCAAAUUACCUGCAUUGGUGGACGAACAAGCUGACUUCAUUGAAGACCUUGUUAUUAUCCACUCACUUAAAACAAUGGUUGUUCCUCUUAGUCGCAGUGAUCGCCAUAUUUUUCGCAUGGCCCCAAUUAUGUCCAGGUAUUGACACAUUGUAGCCGAGCAGGCUUGCUUGAACGGGCGAGUCUGUUGGCUUCAAUUAAUGUGCACAAAUCUUCAAAUUCUGCAGAUUCUUGGCACCGAGGAAUUACAAGGAGUGCAGAAAACAACAGCGCUUGAAGUACAUACUCAAUGCGUUCAACUAGCUAGGCACCCCCCAAAAGGCUACAUCAGAGAGAGUAAACGAGCGGUGUUGGUGAUUCUCAUGUUAGUUCCUGCUGUCAAAGCAAGGACAUGGCCAUCUUCAGAACCAGUGGAGUGCUAGGUUAUCUAUAUGUUUUCAGGAUCUUAUGUGCCAUAAUGUAGUUUGUUGGUUGACAUGAA